GCCUCAGAAAGCACUGAGCUCGCAAAGGACCAACAGAGCAAACAUCUUUGUAGUGGAUGCAAACUGCCCAUAACUGACCGUUUCUUGUUAGAAGCUUUGGGAAUGUACUGGCACGAGGGGUGCUUAAAAUGCAAUUGCUGUGAAUGCAAACUCGGCGAUAUUGGUUCGACGCUGUACAGUAAGGCAAACCUUAUCCUCUGCAAGCGAGAUUACUUGAGGUUAGUAAUGAACGUACCACCAUUAAAGGAGAAAUGAUCGCUCGAAAUAUGACAGAUCGUUAAGUCCCAUUCCCCUACCCCACUAUGCUUAUAAUUGGCUAAAUGGCAUUAAAUACAUAAAAGAAUUGGUUAAAAACAUUUGGCAAAGGACAAAUGAGGAGGUGAUUAGUUUGGGGAUUAAAAGUGUAAAAAUGAUAACAAAGAUGAAUACGGAUUACAACUCGUUCGUUAGCGAUAGGCAAUCAAGAUAUCAAGACUAAUAUUCAUGUUAAUUUUGAGUUUUAUAACUCUUACUUGCUCUCUAAAGUAGACAUUUUCUUGCUUUGAUCGUUUUGUUUUAUUUUCUCUCUUAAUUGUUAAUUUACUGCGCGUACAGGGUGUUCUUGACCAUACACAGUUAAAUGAAUCGUACAUCAGAACACCAGAUCCUUUCCUCUAGUAUUUACAAAGAGUACAAAUUUAUUUUCCCUUAAGCCAACGAGGAAAUAGUCGUAACGUGCCUCAAAGGAACGACAUUUCCUUUGUUUAAUACCAUCGAAAAAAUAUUAUGAGUUCCAGGUGAUGCUUAAAAGUUUAAAUAAUGAGGAGAAUUAUAUGUACGGAAUGAAAUGUUUCACCGUACUUCGAAUUACCACAGAAGAUGAUGUAUCAGAGGACAGCACACUGCCUAUUAUGUAAAUUGACGUACUAUCGUUUGAUUCUUAAGAUGAAACGCGAUUUUGCCCUCAUACUGCUGAAUGAAAUCAAUUUUUCAAUCUGCUUCUAUUGUUAAAAUUAACGGUAUUUGCUUGCUUGACCCACUAUUACCACCAGAUUGUAUUUGUCUAGUAUUGACAAAAGAGCAGUGCAAUUAUCGCCGCAGUCUUGGUCACAUUUUUUAGAAUAAUCUAAAAAUAUAGCUAAAUUAUGCGGCAGCGUAGCUUAAGAAAAAAAAAUCCUGCAACAUUUUCUGUCGUUCAACUCGAAAUUGCUCUUGAAGUCGCCAAAAAAUUCGACAUAUUCUCACAGCCAUUACAAAUUCCGCUACAAAAGGAUUUUAAUGAUUUUUGUUAAGAUUUAGGAUCACAUAUAACCACAGUGCCAAUUGUACAGCCAGUCGAGAUAUCCAGUCGUCGCUUGAUGAAAGUUCCAAGCAGGGAGCUGCCGAGAAAGAAGGGUGUUAAUUUUUACGUAAAAAAAAACUAUUUAUUUUUUUCGCGGUACACCAAAGAUUUUGAUCCGAUAGAGCGACGUCAAAAUCAUUAGUUCCACCACAAUUUGAAGCUGAAAAUUUUAGAGAUUUUCCUUUCCCUUUCGUUUUUUAAAUUAUUAUUAUUAUUAUUAUUUUUACAUUUUCUUCAUCAAUUAAGAGUUGAGGUCACUAAACUACUUAAAAGAAUCGAUGAAUUAUUAAGCGUGACCUGCACUUCGUUCAGCUAAUAAAUAGAGGCCUCUUCAUUGAAUGAAAUUGGAUAAGCCGGCUGGCUGAGAGUUGUUGAGAUUUCUCCUUAUUACUUUCUCGUCUUCAAAUCCAUUAUCCAGGUUAAAAUGAGAGGGCGGGCUAGUGUGGUUACCCCAACCGAGUCAGCCGGGUUUGCCGGAUUCGUGUUAAUCGAGGUCAACUAGGGUGUGCGGAUUGUCAGAGGGUCCAUCUCAAAGGGUUAGGGAUAGUUGUAAACUACCAAGUAACUUAUUCGUUGGGCUUAGGCAAAAGAAAAUGCUUGACACUAAAGGGAAAAACGAGAACCGCAAAAAGCGUUUUCGAGCGCCAAGAGAUUUUUCCUGAUGGUGUCGAAAAUUAUAUUGCUUAGAGUGGAAAUUGGUUUUCAACUUUUACGUACUUCUUUUUCUUUUCCCUCUUUUCAUGUCUGACUGCACUAACAGAAAUAAAUUACAGUGAAACUCAGAAACCCGUGACCACCAUUAAUAUUUCUGGAAUAUUAGACCGCUACAAAGAAAAAGGCAAUGAGGAAGCGAGAAAACUAAACCGCAAGCAACAACGAUUAUCUGUUUGGUUUUGUAGCCUGCUGGCUUGAGAAGCUCUUUGUCUUAAUUGAUUGGUAAUAACACAUUAAUUGUCAUUCCUGAAAUAUUUCAGGUUUUUCCAAUAAGUUUAACGGUAACUGUAAAUGCCGCCACUCCAUUGAAACCCUCAUAGCAGUGUCAACAAGAUGAAUUGGCCACCCUAAUGUCAGCCUUGAAUACCUUAAUGGUGGUCAAUUGAUUGAACCUCCCGCCUCAGUUAACGAUAACUAUUUUUCGCGUUUCAAUCCUCCACCGACUUAGUGCCGUAAUUUUGUUUCUUUAGAGGCAAACCUUUUUGGUCAAAUCAGAGAUUCCACCAUCAUUACAUUUAACAUCAUCAUCAUCAUCAUCAUUGUGUCUCUGAUUGCUAAAAGGCGCAUAAAAGGCCAUAAAUCAAAACCUUCCCUAAAUCACUUACUUUCUAACGAUGUUCAUUUUAAAUUGCUAAUUGUAAUCAAUUUUCUUUUCUCGAUUGGUAGAUUGUUUGGAAUUCCUGGUGUUUGCUCUGCGUGUAACAAACAAAUAGCCGCGUUUGAGUUUGUUAUGAGAGCAGGGAAGAACGCCUACCACAUCGAAUGCUUUUCGUGUCAGAUCUGCAGACAAAGAUUCAGAGUAGGCGAGAACUUUCAUUUUUAUAACAACAAAGUGCUUUGUUGGGAUCACUACAGAACGGAGAAAGAAGAGGAUAAAACUAAAGAUGAGUUCACCGACGUAGGACCGAAUUAG